GCGAACGUGCGCCGGGCGUUUCGUUCAUUGACUUUGUUUAUUUUCAUUUACGAAACGCUCGCUUUCAAUGAACUUACAAAAUACAAGUGCUUUUAUUACUGUAACCACAUCUCUAUCAGUGUGUCUGUGUAAUUUGUAACCGCUAUCGAUCAUUUCUUGAUCUACUACCGAAUUAGCUUUACAUUUACCAGUAAGUUGUUUCGUAGUGUGAAUUAUGAAAAGUUUUAGCAGUGCUUUCAGUGUCAGCUGUGUUUAAAGCUUUAGUUGUCCCUGUUUGUCGUUCCGGAGGAAAGAAGGCUUGUUUGUUUGCUUUGGAAGAUUUGUUUUCGUCAUUCUGUUACUUUCUUUGCUGUAAAGUAGAGCGAACUCGGAACAUAAAUCGCUUCGAUAUCUUGUGCAUACAAGAAUAUUAUAAGUUCAGAACAAACAGGCUCGCCGCCCACGGAGACAGAUAACGCAGCAUCCCGUCCACGCAGACUUAAUCUGGCACACGGCAACAGGAAAUAUGACGAUAGUAUUGCGAGCUGGAACAUAGCGCAUGAGGAUCCUUCACAGCUGCCCCAGUAGCAUGCUUAGCUGACAACGCGCAUCGACUCCAAAAACAAAGCUGCAAUAAUGUCAAAUGAAGCCACUGCCACAAUAAACAGGCGCACCAAAUAUAGAAACAUUGCAAGUAAUACUGCCAUUGAACUACCAAAAGACAUGGAAACUAUUAUCACUGCCAAUGAAAAAACACAUUCGUUAGAUCCAGACAUGGAAACACAUGAAGUAGACAUACAUAAAAGAAGGGAUAAUCAUUCCAUUGAAAAAUUAGACGAAAUUAACAAAACGACUGAUUUAGAUAGUUUUAGAAUACCGCAUAAGAAUAAAUACGAAUAUGAAAAUAAAUUCGAAAGGCGAAACGUAUUCAGUAUCAGAGAAAUCGAACGAUUGGAAUUGCAUAAGAACGAAAACGUAUACGGAAAAGAAUCGAUUACCAAAAACAGGGUUGAUGUUGACAGAUAUGGUGGUUCAAGGCGAGCCGCUAAUUUGAAAUUUAAAUUCAUUCGGGAUGUACGGGAGUGCAUGGACGCUGUAGGGAGGACAAUGGGCGUGAGUGUGCGGGUGCUCGCCUUAGCGGGCCUGCUGCUGACGUUGCUGGCGACGAGCGAAGCGGCGCCGACGAGGUCGCGACCCCCACGGAGUACACACCACGAAAUAAAUGUGAGAUCAUACUUGGAGACUUUUGGGUACUUACAAAAGGGCCUGCCGGAGAACCUAUUGCUGGAAGGUGACUACGAAGAUGACUUCAGGAUCGCGAUUAAAACGUUACAAGAAUUCGGUGGUAUUCCUGUAACGGGUGUAAUAGACGAAGAUACGAAAAGUUUAUUGAAACAGAAGCGAUGCGGCCGGCCGGACCGGGAAAUUGGAGACGAGGAGAAUAUUAGGCGGAAGAAAAGAUUCGCUGUGCAGGGCGAAAAGUGGCAUCACACCAAUUUGACUUGGAGCCUAAAGUCGGACCGGCCCCCUUCGCAACUCGACCCAUACGGCACCCGCGAUGUGCUGGCGCGAGCGCUGGAUGUCUGGGAACAAGCCUCCAGGCUCACCUUCAGGGAAGUCAACUCGGAUGAGGCCGACAUCGUUGUGUCCUUCGCGAAGCGAUACCACGACGAUGCGUAUCCUUUCGACGGACGCGGGCUGAUCCUUGCUCACGCCUUCUUUCCGGGUUCCGGACGCGGCGGUGACGCUCACUUCGACGACGAUGAACUGUGGAUGCUUAGCUCCAAUGACGAUGAUGAAGGAACAUCCCUGCUGGCUGUGGCAGCCCAUGAAUUCGGUCACUCCCUGGGCCUCAGUCAUAGUUCAGUCAAGGGAGCUCUUAUGUUUCCUUGGUAUCAAGGCAUCCAACCCAACUUUGAAUUACCUGAAGACGAUAGAAACGGCAUCCAGCAGAUGUAUGGGCCGAAAGUACGAAAGCCCUGGGCUAAGAUACCAUACUAUCCAGUAGACUCACAACCACCCACAACCACAACUACAACCACUACGACUACGACCACUACCACCACCAGGAGACCUUACAUUCACCACCAUAACAGACACAACCGACCAGACCACACGCCCUUCGCGCCCCCGCGGCCUCCCAACAAAUACCCUACUUAUUACCCCAGACCUCGUCCACCGUACUACACCCCAGACCGUCGUCAUUACAACACUACUGAAGAACAUCCUAGACGUACGAACCACAAUCACUACCCUCGGCCUACACCUCACGAAACUACCACUCACCCCACAACGUAUCGGCCAGUAAGAUAUCCCACUGUCAAUACCGAUUACCCUUCAUAUCCGAGGCCAAACUAUCCAACAGACCCCAGACAUGACUAUCCAAGAAAGCCGUAUAAUCAUCCAAGGCCAACCACCACGACUAGACCUACUCCUCCGUCAGAUAAACCUGAUACAUGCAACACCAGCUAUGAUGCUGUUGCGCUGAUUCGAGGAGAACUCUUCAUAUUCAAAAAUAGAUAUCACUGGAGGAUAGGCGCUCAGGGUCACUAUCCCGGUUAUCCCAUGGACAUAUCGAGAAUGUGGCCAGGUCUACCAAGGGACUUUACUCGCGUGGAUGCAGUUUACGAGAGGCCAGACAGGAAAAUUGCAUUUUUCAUUGGAAAGGAACUUUUCUUGUUCGACACUCAAAACUUGUUGCCGGGAUAUCCAAGAGCGAUUUCCGAGCUGGGGCUCCCCAGCAGUUUGGAAAAGUUGGACGCAGCCAUGGUUUGGGGGCAUAACGGCAAAACUUACUUCUACAGCGGCUCUUUAUAUUGGAAAUACGACGAAGAAGAAGGUCACGUUGAACUGGACUACCCGCGCGACAUGUCCAUGUGGAAAGGAGUGGGCUACAACAUCGACAGCGUAUUCCAAUGGAAAGAUGGCAAAACAUACUUCUUCAAAGGUAGAGGAUUUUGGAAGUUCAACGAUCUCCAAAUGAAGGUUGAGCACGAGAGGCAACUUCCGUCUGCCCCAUUCUGGAUGGGAUGCCCCACCGAGCGUACCAGCCGUCGCUCGCCGUUCCGCGUGCCCCCCGCUCCUGGCUCCACCCUCCGAUCACCGAGUGCCGCUUCCAAACCACACUUCAAUACACAUUUACCUGUAUUAUAUUCUGUUAUUCUUGUACUUGCAACCUUUAAGAAAUUCUUUUGGUAGGCCAAGUACAACAAAGACUAGAAUAGCAAAAUUACCUGUCUACAGGGGCAACUACCAGCCUACUUAAAAGAGUAUAAAAUAUGAUACUAGUAUGUUACCUACGCUUGCUAGAUAUCGUAAUUUUAAUCCCAUAUUUCCUAUAUUAAUACAUAAAGCAUAAACAAUGCAUGCAUAAGUAAAAUCCUAAGUAUACAAUUUAAUGAAUGAAUUGGUAUGAUAACAUUGGAACACAUUAGAUUUAUUUUUUUAUUCCUACCUAAUUAAUGUGAAAAUCCUCCUUAUCAGUAAACUGUUGCCAUAUUCAAUUAUUUUGACUAGAUCUUUCUUAUUAGUAGACAAAUUGCAAGCUUCUUAAAAAAACCCGUAGGUAUGUGUCAGAGCAUAAUAAAAUUUAGUUAAACACGUUACAUAUCGAUAUUAAUGUCUGAAUUUUAAGGUCUAGUUAAGAUAUAUACCUACUUUAUUGCGCAAAAUGCACUGCCUGUUUUAGUAUUAAUCUAUCCACUUUGUACUAUUAAUGUAAACCUAUUAGGCUAAUAUAGUGAUACGAGCGGCGCGUCCUAUUAUUUCUAUCGGAAUUGUUGUAUGUACAUUUUGAUCUCAACAUGAUCGCGUGCUUGGUAUGACAUGUAAGGUAUAUAACACCAUUUUUUAAGCUUCUGUACAGUUUGUAAAGUCGUCGGUGUCAGUAUUUAUCUUUAGCCGGUGGCAUAGGAACAUACGAAAUCCCGUUUCAGGAUCCUGGUUUGAAAUAGUUUCGAAUGAAGUAAAUGAAUAAAAAAGUUAUAUUAUUUUCUUAAUUUCGCGGUUUAUGUAAAAUAAUAAAAUUUUGCCAUUUUAUUAUACUAAAUAAUCGAAUAAGUAUAAAAUAAUAGUAUGUUACUAUGUAUCAACUCGUUAUUCCUAUGUAAUCUGAAUAAAAAUAUUUUUGUAAGAAAUGCCUGUUAUAUCCACAAGAAUGCCUUAUAAUAAUUAGGUUUAAAAUCCAUCUUCUAAUCUAUUUAUAUGUAAUUAAAUAAUAAAACUAUAUCAUGCUGGUUAGAGGUACACAAUACACUUAUUAUACACACAUAAUAUAUUAUUAUUGUAAAAUAUAUAUUUGUAAUUGAAAGUCAAUACUUAGAUGUAAACGUAUAAACUUACCUAAUUAUCUUUAAUCAGAGCAAUGGCAGUUCAUAUUUUACGUAAAAUUUCAGUGCGUUUUAUUUUUUUUGUAGACAUAAACCAUUGUUUUGUAAAGAGGCACACAAAUCAAUCAGAAUACAAUAGACAAAGUUUAAUACU